AUGUCUCCACCCCCAUACCGGGUGACAUCCAAGGCACCCUCCCCCUGGGGCAUCGGAUGCCCUGUUCCUGAAUAUUAUGGAGAAUAUUGUAACCAAACGUGUCCAAAUACCUGUCCGGGACAGCAAUGUGACGCCGUUACUGGUUACUGUGUGAAUGGUUGUUUAUCAGGAUAUCAAGGUCUGCGUUGUAGUUAUUUUAACUUAGCGUUACGGAGCUCUGCCUGGCAGCAGAACAAUUUCCCAGGUAAAGAAAAAGACUGGGGAGCAGACAAGGCGGUGGACGGGAAAUAUACUGACCGUUCAGCAGGAGGAAAUCAAUGCACACAAUCAGCAGACGGAAAACAAACAGCGACACUGAGAGUAGAUCUACAGAGAGUGGUCAGCAUCAGUCACAUCAACAUCUACUACAGGACAGAUAACGUACCUAGUCCUGGUGCCUACUACGGUCGAUUUGCUGGAUUUUUCCUCUACGUUUCUAAUACCACGGUGAAGGACGAUGGCUAUCUUUGUUUCCAUGAGAUACAAACAGUAGUCGGUACACCAACAGAGAACCAGACAAUAAGCUGUCCUGUACAUGGACGUUACGUCAUAUACUACAACGAGAGGAGACGGGGUGUGACGUACCCAAGUUACUUUUCUAAAUACGCGUACAAUGAAUUAUGUGAAUUGGAAGUUUAUGGAUGCCCAGAUCAAAGAUAUUUCGGAGAAUAUUGUGACCAAUUAUGUCCUGAGAACUGUCAGGAGCAAAGAUGUGACAUCACCACAGGAGAAUGUCUGGGUUGUAAACCGGGGUAUCAAGGUCGUAUGUGUAGUCAUUUGUGUGGUAAACAAAUGUACGGCUUAGAGUGUUCUCUAUCAUGUGGUAACUGCAGUGACGGAGAAACCUGUCACCAUGUCAACGGCACGUGUCUUAGAGGCUGUAGUGAAGGAGUGGAGGGAGAGAAAUGUCAAACUGCCUGCCAACCAGGUUAUUACGGGAAGGACUGUAUACAUGAAUGCAGUGUUAACUGUGGAGUAACCAGACGAUGUAACAGGUUUACUGGAGAGUGUGGGGGAGGAUGUCAACCUGGUUGGAAAGGAAACCUUUGUGAACAAGCCUGCCAAGCAGGAUACUACGGGAAGGACUGUGUACAUGAAUGCAAUAUAGACUGUGGUGUUCCCAAAAGAUGUGACAGGUUUACUGGAGAGUGUGAGGGGGGAUGUCAGCCUGGUUGGAAAGGAAACCUUUGUGAUCAAGAGUGUAUACCUGGUUUCUACGGAAAACACUGCAUGCGGAAUUGCAGUAAAAGCUGUGGAGUGUCUAAGCGAUGUGACAGAAUAACUGGACAUUGUGAGGGAGGAUGUCAGCCCGGAUGGCAAGGAAUUCAAUGUGAUAAGAAGUGUGGAGUCGGACUUUACGGGGUUAUUUGUAACCAAACCUGUGGCCACUGUUUAAAUGACACACAAUGCCACCAUGUCAACGGCUCUUGUUUAGAAGGGUGUUCCUCUGGUUACGAAGGAUCUCUUUGUAUGAAAGUUUGUAGACGAUCAUACUGGGGUGAGAAUUGUAAAAGGAAAUGUCACACAGACUGUGUCAACCAGAUAUGUCAUCACGAAUCAGGAGUUUGUGAAACUUAUGUUAAGUCACAGAUGUGUGAAGCUUGUAGCUGUGGCAACACUACUACCAUUAUUAGUAUUAUUGUCUCUGUUUUAAUCGUUAUCUCCGGAAGUGUCUUAAAUUACCUGAUCUGGAAACGAAAUCAGAAACUCGGAGAACUCGGCAAACACAACACCUAUGAUGAGCUUCACAUCUAUGAGAAAGCUGAUGAGAAAAUUUGA